UCUGGUUCUGGCCCCUGGAUUUCCACAUGUCACAAAAUGUUAUAGAAAUGCAGGAGUAAGCUUGUGGGAGCCUGAGGAGACCUUUUGAGGGGUAGGUGGUCAAAGAGAAAAUUUAUGGGAAAAAAUUCGAGAACAACCUAGAAAAACGGCAUUGUGACACCCUGUUGUUGUUCAGAAUGCCUUUUAUCAAAAUGAAUGAAUGACAGCAAUAAUGACAAUGCAAACUUUUUCUUUUUUAUCAAAUUAAAGUGGCAAGGGUCAGGUGCUCGGGUAUCCGGAGAUAUCCAAAUAUAAUGUAAAAGUGAAAUGUAACUAGAUGAGGAAGAGUAUCUGGAAACUGCGGUAAUUCGGAUAAACCAAGGUUCAGAUUCAAUCCUGCUAACCCCGUAAAUAAAAAUACGGUCGCGAAGUAGGCUAAACUUGACUGAAACUCUUAACUCCUCCCUGUUCACCGUAUGGAUAAGUUCUCAGCACACCUGUUGCCUACCUGUAUUUGACACACAGGUACAGCGAAGGUGAGGGGAUACUGUAGCUUCCGGCGCUUUAAAAAAUAGACAAGGGAGGGGAUUUUUUCAGCUACAAUGGCAGAAUCUCAAAUAACGUGCAUGGACGAUGGUCAUAUCAACGAAAAAAUAAAGGAGUCCAAUCCAGAAUUUUACUACAGCGAGGAGCAACGUGCGGCGCUCGAACAGCUCCUGAAAAACGGCGACGGCGCUUUUAAAGACAGGCUAAAAGAGGACAACGUUAAAGACUUCCUUUCUGCCCGCGAGAUCAAAUCUAUUCGGAGCACAUUUCGGGAAUACUGUACGGACAGUGAAGAUGAUGUGGACUCGGCGCCAGUCCAGAUCGCCAAAGGAGACUCGGGGAUCCACUCCACGUACUGGCCCCAGUUGUCGGAUUUUGAGGUGCCACCCUUGGACAUUGGCUGGCCAGACGGGGGCUCUUAUAAAGGUGUAACACGAGUAACGGUUCACACGAACCCGCCGAAGGAAGAUGGCCCUCGUAUUAAGCAAGUAGUUCGCAAACUGAUCCAGGAGUCCAAAAAGGUGGUGGCGGUGGUCAUGGACCUUCUCACAGACCUCCAGAUCCUGCAGGACCUGCUGGACGCGGCCUGCAAGCGCAACGUUUCCAUCUACAUCCUGCUGGAAGCCAGCGGCAUGCCCCACUUCCUGGACAUGUGCACUCGGCUGCAGAUCAACGCAAUGCAUCUGGGGAACAUCCGCGUGCGGACGGUGCGGGGAAUGGGCCUCCCGCUCUCUAUUGGGAAACUCCCCGGCUUUCUGUCCAAUAAAUACAUGCUGGUAGACGGAAACAAAGUCAUGUUCGGCUCAUACAGCUUCACGUGGAGCGCCUCCCGGAUGGACCGCAACACGGUGCUCAUCAUGACGGGCCACGUGGUGGACUUCUUCGACCGCGACUUUCGGGAGCUCUACGCCGUCUCCGAAAACGUGGACCUCUACGGCGAGCUCCACGUCGUCAGGGCGCCGAAGCCCGUCAUCGUGCUGCCGAAGGCGGAGCCUCGGGCCCCGCCCUACGCCUCCCGCUUCCAGGCGAGCCUGGGAGACCUCCGGGACGUCGGGGCCGCGGUCCCGGCGCACAAGUUCUACAACCCCAAGUACUCUCUGGUGGUGGGGGGCGGCGCGGGAACGACGAGCUCCCUCAGAGAGGUCCUGCCCAGGCGGGAGCCGCCGAACGGGCCGGACCCCUGGGGCACCAUGGACAAGUUCCUGAAGGCCAACAGCGACAGGCCGGACCGGCUCGUUUCGCCGCCGGUCUCGCCCACCGACGCCGGGGGCGCGCCGAGGCCCAACGGGCUCGCUCCGACGGGCGCGAGGCUCACCCUCCCGGGCCUCCAGAAAGUGAAAAUCGGCAAUCUGCGCGACAGCAACGACUCGUCCGUCGGCUCCACCCCUACUCGCGCUUCGCUCAGGUCUCCGAAGUUCUCCCUCAAGCGCGUCACCGUGGAGACCUCUUUGGAUGAGAACGUGCGGGACAAAUUUGUCCAAGAAGCUUCGGAGGGAUCCCCACUGAUCAAAGGGAGAAUCAAAAGCUUUUCAAAAGGGUCCAAAAACACAUCUCUGCAGUCAGUUAAUAUACAGGACGGCGAUGCCCUGAAAGCACAGACACGACUUCAAAAGAAAGAAUGCAUUCUAUCCUGAGAAUGAAGUAGGCAAGUCAAGAAGGAUGUGAAGAAACUGCUCUGAGUGAUCAGCUUUUCUACGGGAAAGAUCGUCUGGGGAGGGACUACUUCAGUGGACUCCGUAGACACUCCAUCCGGUGACUUUUUUGUUACUAAAAGAUGCCGUAAUGAACAAGAUAAGCACUUGUCGUGUGUUUGGUGUUUGCCCGGUGCGGUGUUUAUACAUCGCGGAUGCAUAGUUCCAGUGACUGAAGGUGGGAGAACCUGCUGGUUUGCAUUCCGCCCUAGGCUCUUAAUUAUUUGCUGGGUGUCACUACUGGUACAUGAAGUAACCUUUUUUACCGGGGGGGGGGGGGGGGUGUAGGCAGUGGGUGUUUCCCCAGCCCUGAAAUUUUCCCCUCUGUAACCUAUGUGAAUGAUUUAUGGAUGACAGCACACAAAAGAGGAGGCUUUGGAACACUGAAGUUGUCACAGGUUGAUUCCAGAAACCCUGCUCAUAUGCAUUACAUUUUGUGUACAUAAAGACGAACUAUGCGAACAGUGAAUUAGGUUCAACUUCUGAUAGGUUUGCACUUGCGAGUUCAACAGCCUGGCUUGCUUGGUGUUAGAAAACAAAGUAACCGCCUUUUUAUGAACCAUGGACUUGUCAAGGACAGAAAAACAGCAAACUCAACACUGUGAAACAGUGUGUCGUUUAAGUGCCACAUUGUGUGUGAUGUUGUUAUUCCCCAAUGGCUACUGCUGUCAAUAGCAGUGUAUGAGUCCUGGGAGUGCAGCAUCUUGCUUGGUUUUUUCAUUUAAUGUACGAUGCAUUAGUUAUGUUAAUGCUUAAUCAUGAACUGUGAGUGUUUAAUCUCAGUAUUACAGAAGAUAGGAAGCAGUCACAUGGCCGGGGAUGUGUAUUUUGAAUACAAAGGACACCACAACUUUAUAAUUAAAUAGCCUUUUUAGAAGAACACUAAGAACACAUCUUAUUUAAUGCAUUGUGUUUUUCCUUCAGGUUCAUACACUGUCACAAAUUAUCUGGAGUGAGUCCAAAUAAAUAUUAAUGUCUAAAAUGUUAGAUCAUCAAAUAUAACUAGACAAAUUAAGCUGAGAUAAAGCACAGCCGUAUAUAUUAUAUAAAUCCAGCUGAGAAUAUUUUUGUCAAGUUAGUAAUUUUGCAUCAGUGAGAAACAGAGGAAUGGAAAGCUACAACGACUGCAGAGCUGAUUUAAAUGGAAAUUUUUCCAUUUUCCACGUACAGCAGAUUAUACAGUGCACACCACUGCGAGCAGCAGGCUGCAUCUGAGAGAGAAUGAGGAGCUUUCUACCAGUGAAGUCCCGGGAGGAAACACAAGGUUGAAACCAACUUUUGUUUUCAGAGGGAGGGUGACAUUUUUUUUUUUUCCCACCCAUGUUUGGGGUGAGGCAAGUGUGAAAGUUCACUUUCUGCGCGGCUGCACAGAAGGGAAAGGCUCGUUGUGGCCACAUUUCUUCUGCCCUACAGUGCCUUGCAGCAGUGCCAACAAUUGUUUUAUUGUAAUCGUCUUUCAGAAAGAAGUCGAGGAAGCUCGCAAACUAAACUAAAAUGUGUUUUUAUGCUGUGUUCUUACUUUCUUCACUCCCCAUUCUUACUGUUUUUUACUAUUUUUUUUAAAUGGAAUGUGGUAUUACCUCUUGACUUCCAGCGUGCCUCUGAGAGACCACAGUGCUUUAAGGGUGGAUGCGCGAUAAUCUCAGUUAAAGGCAGGGGUCUGUGACAGGCCCUGGUGCGGUGAAUUGAUGCUUCUGGCUGAUUGGCUGCAGGUCGCAGGUUGACCUGGAUGACUGCAGUCGCUCGACACGUUAAACUCAGCGAUCCGUGACUAAGCUAGUACUCAGAAUUGAGCCCUCUGAAAACUGUGCAAUCAGUCGUGCGCAGCGUGUAACCACCGCGCUGAACGGAAAGCCGCAUGCGGUCCACAUUACGGGUUGCAUGCAGUACGUGUCGCUUGUCGUGCGCAGUGAGAAGUUGUCAAAAUAUUUUAAACGGUGUUGAAACAUUUUAAAUGACAGCUGAAUAAAUUGCUCGGGUGGCUAUAUUUGUCAACCCCUCUGCGCUGUGAAUCACAAGACGGUGAUAGAGUGAGGAAGAGGCAGAAAGUGAGUGUGUGUGUGUGUGUGUGUGUGAGAGAAAGAGAGAGAGGAGAGAGAGAGUGAGAAUGUAGGCAUGUGUGCUUGUGUGUGUGAGAGAGAGAAAGGGAGUGUGUGUGUGUGUGUUUGUGUGUGUGUGUGUGUGUGUGAGAGAGAACGAGAGGGAGAGAGAGUGUGUGUGUGUGUGUGUGAGAGAGAGAAAGAGAGGGAGAGAGUGUGUGCGUGUGUGUGUGUGUGUGUGUGUGUGUGUGUGUGUGUGUGUGUGUGUGUGUUGCAAGGCAUAACCUCAGAGGGGAAGUGCAGCCUUGUAGGACUUGCAGUGCAGAGAUGGUGUAACUCACAGACAGGAAGCUCAGAGAGGCCCACACCGGAUGGUGUUCAGAGCGAGGGGUAGCAACACAGCCACCAUGCAAACAUCCACGCCUCCAUGGCAACAGAAGGCCUGUUACAGGCACAGAAAAGGCCACCUAACUUUCAAGCGUAUGCCAGACAGGUUGGGAUCAAUAAUAAUGGAGACACAGGCAUUCCAACAGCAAAGUGUUCUGGUGGUUCCAUAAGUGUGUAGGGUACAUGCGGUAUGGUUUGGGUGCAUUAGUACAUGAGUGAAUGUCUUCAGACAACAUAAAAGGUGUUACUUUCAAGAUGACAAUGUCCCCAUCCGCAGAGAAAUUGUCACGUCCUUCCCAAUUCCCAGAUCUGAACCCAUGAGUUAUGCAUUUAUGGUGUGUUCUGUAAUGACAGCUGUGAGGUUUUCCACGUCCAUCAGAGAAGCCGAGGAUGAUUGACUUUCUUGUGGAAGAGUGGUGCCUGUUCCUCCCACAGACUUCCGUACGCAGGCAGUUUCGAUGCCAUGGUGCAUAAGGCCACACUGCCCACAUAUGGGAUUUCCCAGUGCCCUAUGAAGUGACUUUUGUUCUGUGUCUUUACAUUUCUCCUUUUCUCUAACCUCCUGUUCUUGCUUCAUUAUGAUAACCCAAUAUCAAGAAAAAGAUCUCGUUGACAUUAAAGAAAAACUGGAAACUGUCUCCAAAGAUACUGACAUAAAAUAAGUCUUGAUGAACAUUCAUUGUACGUUGCAACUGAAACAUAUUUAUGCAAUUUUCAAACUGGCCAGCAGAGAGCACUCUCUGAAAAUAGCUAGGAGAGAGACCUCAGGCGAGCUUGUGUCAUAACCGCACUUCCUUAUAUAUGGUUGCUGAAUUUAUGUGCCCUCAAAACCAUGACUUGGACAAACUUUUAAAAAAACAGAACAGUUGGCAAACAGUCGUCAUUUCAAACCAUUACAUGUGGGCUUGCGUGCAAUACAAGGGGACUAGAGAACUCUUUCCUCUUCCAGGAAAUUGCAGAUUUAUACUUGUUACCAUGCUAAAUAACAGUCUACAUUUGAACGUGCAGUAUUGUAUCUUUCACCUCUCUUGAGUAUGUUGUGGGGAACAUGCCUCUGUGGACAUGUAUGUGUCAUGUAAUGACAGUUCAGAUCUGUGGGGG